AUGCUGCCCAUCCGCGUCUCCUACGACCCCAAGGAGCCAUACAUGGACAUCGCCUCGCGAGUGGCCACGUCAACGAUCAACGUGCAGCGCUACAACAUGGCGCCCUUCAUUCAGAUCGUGAAUGAGACACAGCCGCACUAUCCUACUACUGACCCUUCCAGGAACCCGGUGUAUCAGUCCAUGGUUGAUGUCGUCCCGCGAGACGACGACAGUGAAGAGGUCGGCCUGAAGGGCGUCUUGGACCUUUUCCUUUUCGCCAACACCAGGAAUGGACAGAUCUUCCGGCUCGAUGGGGUCUUCAACACGACGGUCCUCACCAAGCAGACGGUGCGGCUGAUUCUGAUGCACGUGAAGGCCAUCACCAUGUGGGCGGCGCGGGAUGCCAACUUGCCGAUCCCGAGGCUCCUGGCGACCUAUGAGCGCGCGCAGGAGGCGAGGGACAUGGACAAGGGCGUGGUGCUCACGCAUAUCAUGGUAAAGGGCAAGACAGGCUUGCCAUCGAUUGCCUCCAUGUCCAGCGGUUUGGAGCUGAACCUGUCGGACGAGCAGCAGAACGUGCGCGCCGCCCGCCGCUUCAAGCUUCAUUCGGCGCUGGAGAUGGGCGGGGACAUCCCGCAGAACCUCAUGAAAUCUGCGGUGCUGCCUGUGCCACUCCAGCCAAAGGCCAAGGCCCGUGCGCCGGCACGCUGGAGUGAGCAGCUGGCGAAGGUCGACCGGCCGGCGGCGACGCAAGCCGCAGCGCAACCGGCGAUGUCGAUCCUGGCACCGCAGGCUGCUGAGACAUCUGUGCAGGUGAGCAAAGCGCCGAAGCUGUCGGUGGAAGAGGAGGUGGCACACCGUCGAGCAGAAGCGCAAAAGCGACGGGAACGGAGUUAUCAAGUUGCGGCUACUUGGGCACAGACGCAACGUGACAGCGAGCUGAUCCCGCUGGGAGAGGCGAAUCCUUUCGAUGAGGCCGACGCCUUCCCACGGGGCGCCCGCCGCCGCGGCUUCGCGGCCUUCGCGGCGCGGAGCCGCGCGGAGCAGCUGGCGCGCUGA